UCCAUUCAAAAUGGCCGACAUGUUGAUAAGAUAAAACCACCUGCUAGUUGUUUUAUUUUUUACCUUUUUAAUUAUGCGCAAAAAAUAAAUUUUAAAUUUUAAAAAAUGUCGAAUUUUAAAUUUAACUUUUUAUCAAAUAUUCCUAAAAGUUCUCUUCCGAUUGUUUUACUGAAAAAAAUAUCAGUGCCUAACUCCACUCUGUCAAAACUCAGUGACAAUGAACAUUCCAAGAAGUUUUUACUUAACGAUGUCAAAAAUAAUUCAAACAAAAAUAAUAAACAGACUGGUUCUGUUAAAAUUAAUGAAGAUGAUAAUGUCAUAGUGGAAGAUUCAGCUGAAGAUAUUGUUUCAAUUUGUUAUAACUCUCAAUCAGCUGACCCGGUUGAAGUACCGAAGAGUGCAGAGGAGUCAUCGUUCUCUAGAAUUGAUGACAAUUAUGAUUGUCCAUCAACGUCAGACGUCACUCUUGCUGCCGAACCUGUAGCUGAAAGUUCAUCGAAUACUUGUCUGGUAAAAGAAAAGUUGAAUCUCUCGCCAAGUUAUUCGCCUUCGGUUCAACUGAUUAGAAUAUCCCCCAGGAAUGCUGUGGAUUCUUCAGCUUUAGCUGUCAGAUCAAAACAUAGAGAACUAGAGGCAGCUUCAUUGGACUGCAAUUCUCAAGCUCAAGAAGAUGGUGAUGAUAAUCGAGAACUUUGCGAGUACUGUAGUAAAUCAUUUGAUUCGACAGAACUCUUACAAAAACAUAUUAAGAAUAAUCAUAAACGCGGAAAUGGUAGAAGAAAACUAAAAAAAUGUCCACAUUGUUCUUAUACUUCUUCGUCUCAUUUGAAACGUCAUAUUGCGCGACAUACUCAUAACUAUCCGUUCAAUUGCGCACAUUGUACUUAUGGUACUGUGUCAAAAGAAAGACUGCGAUUUCAUAUGAGUGUCCACACCGGAGAGCGGGUGUACAAAUGUGAUCUUUGUAAAUUUACCAGCAUAAGUCUAAAAGAUCUCCUUGUUCACACCCGUACUCAUAUUGGAGAGCAUCCAUAUAAAUGUCCCCAUUGCCAAUUUUCCUGUUCAGCUGUUGGGAUUUUGCAGCGACACACACGAAUCCAUCUUGAACUUCCACACAAAUGUUGUUAUUGUCAGUAUUCUUUUGCAAAUACAGCCAACUUGUAUCGACACAUUCGGACCCAUACUGGAGAUCGUCCUCAUAAAUGUUCUCAAUGCAAUUAUUCCAGUUCGAUUUCUAGUAACUUAAUGCGUCACUUACGUACACACGCUGGAGAACGACGGCACAAAUGUCUAGAGUGUUCAAAGGCUUUUUCAACUUUGCAUAAUUUAAAAAGACAUUCGUCUGUUCAUAUCAUGGAACGAGCAAGGAACCGCUUGAAUCAGCAAGAGCUCAUUAAUUCAUCAAAUACAAAUCCAUCUGAUGACACAACAAUGGAGUCUACGGAUCCUGGAAAAUCUGAUGAUUCAGUAGCUGAUGUUCCCAACCAAAAACAAGGAACAAAAACGACAGCAUCAACGAUAAUAAAUGAACCAAUGGAAGAAGUUGGAAAUCAAAUACAAGAAAUAGAAACAACGACACCAUCAACGAUAAUAAAUGAAAUUGGAAGUAAAAAACAAGAAAUAAAAACGACAGCAUCAAUGAUAAUAAAUCAACCAAUGGAAGAAGUUGGAAAUCAAAAACAAGAAGAAGAAACAACGACACCAUCAACGAUAAUAAAUAAAAUUGGAAGUCAAAAACAAGAAAUGAAAACAAUGACAGCAUCAAUGAUAAUAAAUCAACCAACAAAAGAAAUUAUUGAUACGAGUCAACCAUACGUUUGCUAUGAUUGCAAUAAAUCAUUUAAGCAAAAAAUAUUUUUGGAACAACAUUGGAAGUGUCAUCAUUAUUUACAUUUUCAAAAAAUUAAAAAUUACAAAUGCCCAAAGUGCGAGGAAAUUUCAACCUGCUACGGUUUUUUUAUUCGUCAUUUGAAAUUCGCUCAUAGACUGGAAUCAUCCAAAGAUUAAAAUAUAAAAGAAGAAAAUUAAAAAUAAUUUAAGUCUAAAACUUAGUACCCAAACAGAGAACCAGUACUCGAUAGUUUCCUGACCGGGUACUGGAUCUCUCCUUAUGAAUUUAAAAAAAAAUUUUUUUUUUAUUUGAUUGCAUAUAAAUAUUGAUUACAUAUAAGUAUGCAAAUUAAUAUAUGAUGAUUAAAAAACCAUACAUUUUAUUAAACGUUAUUAUGAAUUAACAUACUGUCUAUAUCUUUAAAUUAAUUUUUAUGAAGAAAAUUGUAAUGAUUAAGAUUAAUUAUGAUAGACAGAAAUGAAUUAAAAAUCAACUGAUUAUUUUUUUUUUAAAUGCUUACUUGCUACAGUAAAAAGUAACCGCAUUCAUUAAUUUUAUGUACUAUAAUUUAUAGUA